AUGUUUGAGACUGUCCUUGUCCGUGUGAAAGCAGAGUUGGCGCAGUUGGCUGACCCCAUCACCAAGACACCAAUCAUACUGUUUGAAGUCCCACGUAUGGACACCAUUUCUUCGACAACGAAGGAUUUAUCCACGGAAGGGGGCAAAGCAGCGCACGUCAUCAUUUCUGCCUCAUCAGCUGCGGCUGCACUGGCGUUCGACGCUGGUGGUGCAAAUCGUCAGAAAGACAUUUGGAUAGAUGACCUGACGGCAGAGGAGGCGAAGAAGGUGCUCACCCUGCACGGGCAUGAAGAGAAUGCUCAAGACAUCAUCGAUGCCUGUGGCUCUCGCGUUGGCGAUUUGACAGCCUCGUGCAAGGAAAUGGUCGCUGGCAAGACGCUGCAGGAGUUGAAGCAGGAGACAGAAGCCGCUGCGGAGAGAGAAGUGAAAAGAUUCCUCGAUUUGGAGGUCGAGGUUGCUGGUGGCCGCGUAAUUUCAAUUGGCCGCAAUGUCCUGACCAAGCUGGCAAACAGCAAGCAACGUGGAGGUGACGGCGCUGCUGAGAGAUCUGCAGGGCAGGGCAUCGUCCCCAAAAUGGUCGCCGGACUGAUACGUGAGAGAGGGGCACACGCAGUAGUUUGGCAUCCGAUCCAAAAGAGGUAUCAAUUCGCAUCUGAUUUCCAUGCGAGUGCUGCGAUAGAGUUGUUGAGGUCGCAAAGUCCAAACAUAUGGGCUUGGCUUAGAAGGGUUUUUCGACGAGGCUGA